ACUUCAUGGUCAACAAGCAGCAUUCAUUAACUCCACAGGAAGUUUGGAAUCUGGAUGUGGUUAUUGGUCACUGGUGAAGAAUUGCUCCCAGCUGCAAAGUGCUUCUGGAAGACAAAUCUUGCAUCAAAGGCGAUUCCCAAUUCUCUCCCCGUCUCUGGAAAGUCUUCUGAAGAUUUCAGGCAUGUCUGUGCUUCUGUUUCUAGUCACGGGCUUGAUCCUUUGUGUAUCCGAUGAAACAAAACAAGAAGAAAGCUCCAACCUGGCCAUUCAGGAAACGCAGGGAAAGAUGAAUUUGCUGUGGAUGGCCAUCCUCUACCCAAAUAUGUAUGAGCACCUGCACAAAGGCAACUGGAUUCAUGCCAUUUGCGAAGUGAAGCCUAGUCGUAACCUAGAAGCUGGCAAACCGCAGGUGAAUGGGCAAGUUUUGUUCCAACAAGUUUACCCACAUGGAAAACUGAAUGCUAUCUUCUACCUGGACGGGUUCCCCCCAGAUUCUAAUGCAGCUGGCCGAGCUAUCCACAUCCAUGAGUUUGGAGACCUCAGCAUGGGCUGCGAUUCGGCGGGGGGGCACUAUAAUCCUUUCAAGGUCAAUCACCCCUUCCAUCCAGGGGACUUUGGAAACUUCUACCCUCAAGAUGGAAAAAUCCGACUAUCAAUGAGCAACCUGCAGCCUUCGCUCUUCAACAAACAAGCCAUUCUGGGCAGAUCUGUUGUGAUCCACGAGAACGCCGAUGACAUGGGGAAAGGGAACAAUUCGGGCAGUUUAGAGCACGGAAAUGCGGGCAAGCGUUUGGCUUGCUGCGUCAUUGGAUUUUGCAAAGAAGAAAUGUGGGUGAAGGCCCACGAGGAGCUCCUUAAGACGGAAGGAUGAGCAGGCAACAGCCAGGCCUGGGUGAAGCCCAAACAGCAUUUUCACUUUGGCAGCAUUGGCUACGAAGUAACUGGAAAUAUUUCUGGGGCCCUGGGCGAGCGGGGGGGGGGGGGAUUAGAUCUGCCUAUUGCUUUACCAUAGAGUUCCAUUCUGUAAGCAGAUUAGCUAGCAGGAGUCGCAGUUAGUUUGAAAGCUCAUACCCAGGUUUCUUUUCCGCUUCAGUGUUUAGUGUCGCAAAGUUAAAAAAAAUGCACCUUUCCCUACCGAGAUCUUGAACGGUCCUGUUCAUUUUGGGUCGUUUUCUUUCAAAAAACCAUCUCAAGAACAAGGAAGCCGAAGGGAUGAAAAGGCAAAAAUAAAAAGUUUCAACCAA